UGCUUCUUUCUGCCCCUUCCCCUAUGAAUUUGUCCCUCCUCCUCUCUCCAAUUCCCUUUCUCUAUUUUCUCUACUCUAGCCAGCUGGUUUCCUGUUUUUCUCUUUUCCCAGGCUUCUGUCUCUUUAUUUUCUUUUUUCUUCCUGAUUCCUUGUCUUUAUUCCCCUCCAGCCCUGAAUCUAUGUGUGUCUCCUUGUCUUUCUCUCAUCUCUCUCUCUUUCUUUUUUCUUGGUCUCUAGGUGUCCCUGUCUCUUUUUGCCGUUCUCUCCAUCUCUUUCUCCCUUCCCCUUUUCUUAUUCUUCAGCUCUGUAUUUUGGUCUCUCUUUGCCUUCCUCUUUGUCUCUGGCUAUCUCUGUCUCUCCUAGUCUUUCUCCUCAUCUCUUUCUCUCUCCUCCAUCCCACUCCCCCCACUCUUGUUCUUGAGCUCUGAGUCUGUCUCUCCUUGUCUUUUUAUUUCUCUCUGUGUGUAUGUCGUUCUCUUUCUCUCUCGGUCUCUCCCUCCCUCACUUUCUCUGCUCCUGCCUCUGCUUGCUCUGUGCCUCCCUCCCCAGCUCGCCUGCUCUCUCUGCUCUGCUCCGCUCUGCUCUCCUCCCUGCCUGCCCGAGCAGCCGGUUCAUGGGGAAUGUGAAUGAUUGUCCUGAGGGACAUUUGAUGGAUUAGAGAGCUAAACAGUUCCAUUGCGAGAGGACCACCUGAUCUCCAGCCUGCGUCCCAUAUAAAGCCGGCAGCCGGACUGCUGAGCUCAGCGAGUGUGCCAGGCAGCGCCGCCUCCCCUCCCCUCCCCUCCCCUCCUCUCCUCUCCGCCCGGGCCCUCCCUGCCUCGCUGCCUAGGGACCGCAUGCGGGUAGUGCAGGGAGCUGUCCAGUGCUGAAGAGCCCGCUCUGUAAGGCAACAGCAUCCACUUUCCUCCAGCCUGCAGCCCCUGUAUCCCCAAGCCUUCCCCCCUCCCCUCCCAAGGCCCCACUGAAGUUCCCCGCCGGGCCGACUCUGGCUCCGGCUCAGCACAGCACCAUGCCCCGCUCCUUCUUGGUGAAGAAGAUCAAAGCAGAUGCCUUCCAGUGUAGCAGCGUCCCAGCUCCCAGCUACCACCCCCUGGGAUCCGCAUAUGUGCUGCCGGGCUCCAGGGGGGCAGCCGGCCCCGCCGGGGACAGCGGCUAUGCUCCACACUGCCUUCCGCCCCCCAGCUAUGACAGCGAAAAGAAGGCGGGGCUGGAACUGGCGCCGUCGGAAGCUGCGUACCCCCCAGCUACUGAGGAGUACAGCGACCCCGAGAGCCCUCAGUCGAGCCUGUCGGCGCGCUACUUCCGAGGGGAGGCGGCGGUGACGGACAGCUACUCCAUGGAUGCCUUCUUUAUCUCAGACGGGCGCUCCCGGAGGCGCGGGGCUGGGGACGCUCGGGGGGCUGGGGGCGGGAACGGGCCUGGGGGAACUGGGGGUGGAAGCGGGGGGCACCGACAUUCGUGCGGUGAGUGCGGCAAGACGUACGCCACGUCGUCCAACCUGAGCCGGCACAAGCAGACACACCGCAGCCUGGACAGCAAGCUGGCGCGCAAGUGUCCGACGUGCGGCAAGGCCUACGUAUCCAUGCCGGCUCUGGCCAUGCACGUGCUCACGCACAACCUGCGCCACAAGUGCGGCGUCUGCGGCAAGGCGUUCUCCCGCCCCUGGCUGCUGCAGGGCCACAUGCGCUCUCACACAGGCGAGAAGCCCUUCGGCUGCUCCCACUGUGGCAAAGCGUUCGCUGACCGCUCUAACCUGAGAGCGCACAUGCAGACGCACUCGGCCUUCAAGCACUACAAGUGCCGCCAGUGCGAGAAGACCUUCGCGCUUAAGUCCUACCUCAACAAGCACUGCGAAGCCGCCUGCUUCAAAGGCGCUGAGCACGCUUGCACCGCCUCCGCCGCCGCUCUGGACAACUGAUUCAGCCCCACCCUCCCGGCCAGGCCCUGCCCGCUCUCCCCUCCUAAAGCUCUCUCGGAGCCCAGGCCCGAUCCCGCUACAGUUCAGUUCAAACUCCGCCCUUUCUCCAUCCCUAGCUCUAACCUGUUCCCUUUAUAAACCCGACCCAGUCUUUUUCCCCGGUCCCCACUUGCUCUACCUAAUUCCUCCCGUUAGCAUAAAUGAUAGCCUUUCCCCCAACUAAGGCCUGGCCCAAACUCUCCCUGCCCUACUCCUCCCUUUACAAUACAGGGACAGCAUAGUCUAAGGACCGCAUGUCUUCUUCCCCAGGCCCUCUCAGACCCAAACCCAACCUCUGAAGCUCAGUCCCCGCGAGCCCCAAGCCUUCUCCAGGAACACAACCUUCUUUUCCUGGCCAGGACCCACUUUCCCCUCCCAGGCAUUCUUCCUCACCUUCCCUGACAUCUCUUUCUAUUUCUUUUCUUCUUCAUUAGUCCCCCUUUCCCACUUUUUUUUUUUUUUACUGCUUUCCCCAACUUCUCCGGGUGACCUCGGGAGGUGAAGCUCGGAGCAGAAUGGGCUCCUGGGGUCUGGGGGCUCAGGAUCCUGCUGCUCCCUCCUGCUCCCCUUGCCACCAGCUCAGGGAAAGGGCAGGUUCCCUUCCCCAGUUGUAAGUCCUCUUUUCCCACACUUCUUUCCCUUCCUCUCUGAGCACUUUCCCACUACCCCCCAGUUUCCAGGGGGAGAGAGGGGAGGCCUGGGUCUCUCUGGAGCAGUACCAGAGAGUUAUUUAUUUAUUUGUAUUUAUCUAUUUAUUUAUUUAUUUAUUAUUCCCUCCGAAAUGGGAGUAUCCCUCUAUGGGAAGGUGAGGCUCUCCAGCUGGACUGGAGAUUCUGGCAAGGCUUCUUAGAAGGUGAGGCCCUGACUGAAAGGACUUGAGGAUCUGGCUAGGAGUGAAAGGAAAGCACUUCUCUGUGUGUCUAACCUGGGGAUAUGGGAUGAAGUGAGAAAGGGGUCACUUAAGAAAGAUGAUCUUCAAUACAACCUCAGCGUCUGCCCUAAAAAAGGUCUGUGGGUGCUGACGCAGGCACACACACACAGAGCCAACCCCUUGAUCUGUGCAAGGUUGGCAGGCUCCAAUAUUCUCCCCUCAUUCUCCUUGACCCAAUUCAUGCCUUGCCCGAAAAGCUCGGGGCAGAAAAAGGGAAAGACUGGAGGGUUCGUGGGGCAGGUCCCCACUGCAACUCCUCCAAGAAGCCCACCAGGAUUGCCCUGCCUAUGAAAAGUCCUAAUUCAUAUUUGUUCUUUAUGCUGUUUGUGGAGGGAAGUGGAGCCUCCAGAGGACUGGGGUGAGGUGGGGCAAUCCCUGGGGUUAAGGGAAGAGGCCACAGCUGCCCCAAACCCACACCCAUCCCACUUAUUGCCCGCACACCUUUGAAAUGAAAGGCAGGAGGCCGCCUUCCAAGUCUAUGCAACUUUCCCAGCAGAAAGGGGUCCCGAACCCCUAAAGGGGCCAGCCCCCAGCCAGGACCUCACAUCCUGCCUCCUACCUCCCCUGAUGGCGGCGCAAAACGGCCGGUGCCCUCUCUCUAGAGCCACCGUGCCCACACCCUUUGCAUGCCUGCAGAGGUAUCACAAGCACACGGCCCCGCCCAGGGCCCUCUUCCCCCUCCCCUGCAGGGCCGCACACGCCUCCGUAGUGCAUGGGCCCCAAACCCCGCUUUAAGCACACGUUUCCGUCCCGCAUCUCCCCCCCCCCCCCCCCGCAAUAGCUUCACACCCAGAUAGUAGGAAGAGGAGUCCCUAUUCAUUUCCCCCCCCAACCCCCCCGGGACACGGGGUGGGCUUCCCCAAAUGGAAAGGUUCAGCUCUCAAGUACUAGGAGGGGAGGGUAGCAGAGAGAGAGUUAUUGUAAUCUUUUUCUCUCCGAUGUUAUAGCAGAUUGCAUUGGAAAGAGCCCCGGACAGGGAAUCAACAGACCUGGGUUCUAGUCACUGCUCUCUGCCGUGUGACUUUAGGCAAGUCACAGAACCUCUCCAGACCUCAGUUUCCUCAUCUGUAAAAUGAGGGAGUUGGAUUAGACAGCCUUUACUUUCCAGCUCUGACCGUCUAUGGUUCUAGGCCCUUCCCUGGGAAGAGAGACUGGGGUGCAGGGCGGGGGGAGGAGGGUAUUGUAGAAUCGAUUCCCAAUGUGUGUUUAUAUUGUAAAUAGGAACUUCCAACAGCAAUAAUUUUCCAUGCAUGUUCGGCUUUUUGGCCAGAUUUUGUACAAGCGCCUAGCGCUCCCCACUCCCGCCCCCAACCCUUUCCUGCGCGGGCCAUUACUUCAAGGCUCUCUUGCCCCGCCCCCGCCGGCAGUAUUACUUGUAAUGCAAUUCAGGGAUAAUAAAGAAACUUCAGCCACUUA